CCCGUCGUCCUUGAAUGACAAUGUUGAAUGUGUUUCUAGCACAGGGUGCAUGUGGCCGCGCAACAGGCCUCUGCUGCGUUAUAAAGCGAUCUACUCAGUAGGAACCCAUCUUUCUCAGAGGCGGAACUAACUAUCGGCGGGCCCUUUAUUGUGAACACCAGUGUCGCGCUCUACGCGGAGCUCGAAACAUGCCUAAGUUUUAUUGUGACUAUUGCGACACCUACCUCACGCACGAUUCGCCCUCUGUGAGGAAGACCCACUGCAGUGGCCGAAAACACAAAGAAAAUGUGAAGGACUACUAUCAGAAAUGGAUGGAAGAACAGGCUCAGAGCUUGAUUGAUAAAACAACGGCUGCUUUCCAACAGGGAAAGAUUCCUCCCACACCGUUCCCUGGUGCCCCUCCCCCAGGCGGUCCCCCACGACCAGGUAUGCUGCCGACUCCCCCUAUGGCUGGACCGCCCAUGAUGCCCAUGAUGGGACCCCCUCCGAUGAUGCCCGGCGGGCCUGGCAUGAGACCUCCGAUGGGAGGGCCGAUGCCAAUGAUGCCAGGCCCCCCACACAUGAUGCGUCAUCCUCGGCCCAUGAUGAUGCCAGUCAGACCGGGCAUGAUGCGACCAGACAGAUAAGACCACGUGGAUUCCUCAUUGUUGCUGUCAACACUCACCCACAACACAGAGCUUCACCAGUCCGACUGUUUCUGUGUGGUAUUUAUAUUGGUGGUGCCCAAUCUUUCACCUCAGUUUUUAGACAUUUUUUAAAAACAUUUUCCCCUGUGUUGGAAUAUUCUCCCUGAAUAAGUUUCAUUUUUUUCCUUUUUUUUUAGAUUGAUGUGUAAUUUUUUUCCUUACAAAAUAAAUUACUCAUUCACAACUUCGUUUUUGUGCUUGAUGCAGAAAUGAAACGCACCCACUUCU